CUAGGAUACCGGUACUCUCGUUGUGGCUAGUCCAACACGGAUUUGUGUGUUUCUUGCAAACGCUGUGCACUUCAAGUUCAACUUCAAAGCGACGCAUCUGAAACUUGAUUGGUGCGGUAAAAGCAAAGUAUCCAUUGGGAAUCUGAGAAGUCAGAGCUAUUGGCUUGGCCAAUGUUUGUUCCUCAUUCUCUUGCCUGCGCUGGUCAUCGUGGCCAUGGGGUUGCAGCGCAGUGGGGUGCUGCUGCGCCUGGAGCGCUGGUGGGCGGGGGUGCCGCAGCCGUCCACGCUGCAGCUGGGCUUUGCCACUGCCGCGUUCGCCGUCGUGUUCAAGCUGGCCAUGCUGUACGACGAGAGCUGUGAGCCGGAACGUGCCGCCAUGAAGGCGCGCGAGCAAACGGAGGCCAACGCGCGGGCGGGCACGCUCACCCGCCGGGAGUGGGAGCGACUGCAGCAAGUGCGGCCGCACAGCCCCUUUGACACACAAAGGGGACCCCAGGGGGACACGACCCAUGAGGGGCUCCGGUGAGUUACGGCAACGUGCGCCCAGGCGACGAGGCCGGCAGGGGAGGGGCUGAUCGACUAGGGGAGAGGCCAACCUCUUGGCCGGCUGGCUCUCGACGGGAAGGCUGGCAGAAGGGGUUCGGGGCAUGUAGCCUGUGGUCGAGCAUGGAGCAAGGGCUUGGGGGCAAUGCAAGCGCUUGUAUGCACACGCAGGUCGGGGGUGUGAGCACAGGUGGUUCACACCGUUGUGUUCAGCGAAGCCAUGGGCAGCAGGGCGGAUGAAAGCGUCAUCUGUGUUCGCUUACGGGACGGGACACGGCAACGACAAUACAGGGGCUUAGUGGCUGCCACUUUGCAUCCUCCGCGAUAAAAGAACCAAAUGUUGGGUUAACGCCCAACUCGGAGAGGUUGAAUUUCGGAAAGCUGCUGGUCACUACCAGACGCAUAGCCCAUUUUGCAAGCGCCAGCCCCUGCAUUCUCACACUGGCUACACGCUGCCGGAUGGUCAGAACCAGCUUAUGGACUCCGCCCCUUGUCUCGGAGGUCCAAGUGCUACCACCAUCCCUUGGUUCGGGGCUCAGGAAGACAUCCGAGGCUGGAGGCAGGCCGGAGCCGGUGGUCCGAUCCAGGGGCUUCUUCUAUCUUGGAAGAAGAACCAUUGCUGUCGUGAUUGGUGCAAUCGAUCCGGACCACGUGCUCUGAAGUCAAGGCUUUCCUUUCGUAAUGCCCUUGGCAAAGCCAAUUCUCAAACAGAGACCCAUCAGACUUCGAUUGAGCCUUCACUUCUAUUCGACCUUGACAUGCCGCUCUAGUACGUCCCUGCUGCGCAUGGAAAAAAGGCGUGAAGACGCUGAGGUGCACGUUAGGAAGGCCCGGUGCACAUUUCCGAGAUAGGAACAAAGAUGAUACAAGGGUCUACCGCACUUACAUAUAUAUGCC